GAAGUCGCGGGCAACAGCUAGUUUAAGAUAUAUUUUAUUAUAGAAAGUAAAUUAAGAGCCGUUUUGUUUACUACCUAAUAACAGUUACAUGUAUUUGCCGUACAAUUAAUUCUCAGUAACGGUGUACAAGUUGAUCUAGUUUUGGCCAUCUCCAAACAGGUUUAUAACACAAACAGGUUUUAUAUCAGCAAUGUAAGUAUUUAAUCUACAUGAAUCAUAGAGGAAGUGCUUAAUGAUAGUAUCGGUGGAACAACCAAUAAAUAACAUGUGUAAUGUAUCUUUGACAAGAAAAAAAUAUAAAUAUAAUUAAGUAUAAGAAUACUCUUUAGUUAGUAAGUGAGGACAUAUAGGAAAACGAUGUGGCGAAAUGCAAAAAAAAAGUGAAAAUUAAAAACAGAGAAAGUAAGAGAAAAUUUAAUACGGGAUAAAUACGUAAAAUACAGGUAUUAUUAUUAUUACACUCAACGCAACACUAGUUAUCUACGUCUUUGCCUACUUACACAUGAAGCACUAUGGAUGGAUGAAGUUUAUCGGCAUCUGAAAAUACCUACUGUUAUUACGUGCGAAUCCAAGCAAAUACAAUUAUCAUAAGAACAGUAAUACCGUAAAACCUCUUAACACAAAACAAAACCAAAAACAUUUACAGACUAACAAAAUUUACGUCUUGUAUCGCAAUACGCAAUCAACAAUCUAGGGGUACAAUCAGCGCAAUCAAUUCCAUUUCAUAUUUAAAUUUUACAAGGCAUCAUAAAAUCUCAAUGUACGGAGGCAGGAAAUUAGCGGAGCAAGAGGUAUCGUUGGGCGGGCGAGCCCGAACCCUAGAGCCGCGCCUUCCGCCCGCACCGCAGUCUCCCACCAACCGUCGGCCGUGACGCACGCUGCCCGACGUUCGAUCCUCCUCGCAACCGCGCAAAUUUCAAGCCGAAUUUCGUGAAUUAAAACUCGCAUACCAGUGAACAAAUUCCAUCGAUCCCGAAUAUACUUAGUGUGUUCUAAGUGUCUGUGGCAAAGUUUUCUCGAAUUUGUGGAUUUUAAUACCUCUGUGAUCGCAGUCGCUUCUUACCGAGGGUUUAUAAUUGAGCUUUGUUGAAUUAAGAAUGCGGCUUCAUAACGUGAGUGGCGCGGGGUGAGGCAGCAGGGGCGCGAUGAGCGCGCCGGAGCCCUCGGUGCUCAACGCACUCAAAGGCUUCACGCAGAACUACGAGAAGUGGCCCGGACCAAGGGCUGUCAAGAUCUAUGUCGCCUCUGUAUACAAUGAUUUCCGCGAAGAGAGAAGACAAAUCCUGGAGUUGGUCGGACCGGAGUUGCAGUCCACGUACGACGAUCGAUACAUUGAGAUCGAAUUCGUGGACAUGCACUACGGUACCGACGGAGGCGACGAAACUAACCCGGCACUACUACACCACUAUCUCGACGAAAUACAGUGCUGCAAUCAUACCUCAAAAGCCGGAUACUUGCUUUGCCUCAUCGGCGGCGACGCAUCCUCCUACCAGCCAGUGCUUCCCUACAAGAUUCCAGAGCCUACAUUCGACGAGCUGGUCAAGUCGGACUCCGCUCAAGCUGCGCUCGUCAGGGCCUGCUACAGACUGAACGGUGAUGGCAGCUAUCAUCUCGAAGGAGAAGAUAAAUGGUUCAGCGACUUGCUCGAUCGGGAGGAACAGCGGAAUCGCCUCUUCGAGGUCCAAAAAGCCUUCAACACUAUAGCGCUCGAAGCACUGGAAAAUGGAGCUGAAGUUACUGGCUUAUUGAAAAGCCCAGUUGAAUUACAGUGCGAAUUAGCUUUAGAACUUUUAUCAAAUGGUAAUCAUCCGAAAGGUGUGAUAGCAGCAGUACGAGAUAUACCUGAUCUUGAGCCCGAUGAUUCUAAAAUAACAGCCAUAGCUCAUGCCAGGUUGAAACAAUUAAUUAGGAAACUUGAAGACACGUUGCCUGAAACACAUUUCAUCAGAUUAGAGUCUUCAUCAGCGGAUUCUUCGAGGACUGACGUAGCUUCGGACAAUGAAGAAAAAUUAGCUCCCUUCAGGGAGAAGGUUCAAGUCGUAGUCAGUUCAUUGGUUGACGAGAGCCUUAGCACUGAGCCCGACCAAGGGAAAGGCAGAAAAAAGACUGUACAGGAAGUAUUUCUGGAACACAUUACUCACCUUAGGAUAUGUAUAGAACAUAAUCGUUUGUAUAAAGUUAACGUUAAACAAAUUGAAGAAGCAGCCAAAAGUAUUCUAAAUAAUGCUAAGGAAAAUUAUGAAAAUCGCACUCGACAUCCUCCAACCCUCAUAUACGGCCCAGAUGCUUCGGGAAAAAGCACCUUGUUAACACACCUUUACUUCAAAUGCGAAGAAAUUUUCCCGAAACCAGUUUUGAGGAUAGUAAGGUUUUCUGCUUCCACACCAAGAUCGGCCUACAACUUAGAGCUUCUGCGAGUGAUGUGUCAACAAAUAUCCAUAAUUUUAAACAUUCCUGAAGGGUAUUUACCGAAAGACGCAAGUUUUGAUCCUCUUUAUAUCAACAAUUGGUUCCAAAGUCUGCUUAGGAAAUGCGAGGAGAUGGAAAAUGAGAUAUUGUUGAUAUUUAUCGACAACGUGCACCGAGUGAAUCCGUUGGAGUGUGACAUAGUGACUGGAUUAUCUUGGCUGCCGAUGUCGUUGCCAAGAAACGUAUUCCUCGUGUGUACUAGCGCCGUAUCUUUGGAACAGCUGCAACUGACGCCGGCCCAGAAGGAAAAGUUCAAAGUUCAGAACUGUUACUAUUUGUUAGACGAAAUUGAGGAGACUCCGGAAAAUAAUAGCUACGGAGACUAUAUUGAUGGUGCCUUCGAUAACUUGGAAGUUGUCUUCGGUGCUAAAGCGUUUAGUAAACUAGCGAGUUACAUAACUUGUUCGGAGUUCGGCCUUACAGAGUUGGAAUUGUUGGAACUGCUGAUGCCGACCAGUAACAGCGAUGCAGUUAUAGAGUUGAAGGACGCUAACUUCAACUUUUCUACUAUAUGUGUAGCGAAAUGUAUGAUGAGAACUCUAAUAUCUGAGAACGUGGUAUCGGGUCGGUGUACGUGGCGCUGGCGCGCGGCGGCCGCGGGCUCUCGCGCCCGCCGCCGUUACGUCCGCUCUCAGGCCGCGCUGAGGGACGCACACUCAGACCUCGCCACACUACACUUCGCCAACUUCCUACAAGACGCCGAUGAUACUGACACUUCUGAAGCACAAGAACCGGGUUGUGUGGACAAUGACGAUGAUGCUCUGCUGGACUCGACUCCGUUCCACUCCGGCAGCAGGACAGCGGCUGCCUUCACUCAGCGCCACGUCGAGGAGUCCUGGCUUCAUCUCUUGUUAGCUGGGGACUUCUCGAAGCUAAAGGAUCUUACUGUCUGCAAUUUCGACUUCCUUUUGGCUUCGGUACAAACAGUGACCAUAUCGUAUCUCCGCUGUAUCCUGGAGCACGUUCGCUGCUACAUCCUGGACCGAGACGUGGAGCUGGUGUACGGGGCGGUGCGGAAGGCCAGUGACAUCCUCACCAGGGAUCCCAUGCAGUUGGGGGCUCAGAUAAUAGCGUGGCUCCGGCCAGCGGUGGCUCGGCGUGGCGUUCUGGCAACACUCGUCACCUCGGCGAUGGCUUGGUGCGAUGGAUACGAUAAACCUCUUCUCGUACCUCUCAAUGGAUGGCUACAACCACCAAUAGCAUCAACAGUGCGAGUGGUAUCGGUCGGUGGAUCGUCUCCUGGCGCCGGCGCCCGCUUACUUCAGCUCGCGCCGUCGGGUCAGCACCUGGUGUUAGCUCCCUCAGCUGGUGACCCUCAACUGUGGCAUGUCAUGUCCAACUCCAGAGUACAUACUUUUAAAGGUCACUCAGGCAGGAUCCUCUGUAUGUGUGUGACGAGAGAGUCGCAGUAUCUCCUCACUGGAUCUGAAGACACCAGCGUCAUCGUAUGGGAUCUACAUACUUUGGCUGUGAAAACUAAAAUUUUGGAACACAUAGCGCCGGUGCUGUGUGUGGCAGCGAUCGUGAACAGGUCGUUAGUGAUCAGCGGGGGAGAGGACUCUGCGGUUAUUGUGACGUCACUCGUUGAUGGCGCUCUGGUAACAAAACUCGACCACCACCGCGGCUCAGUGACAACAGUCAAAGUGAUUCAAGAUGGCGAAAUAUUAGUCACUUGCUCCCAAGACGGAACAGUCUGCACUUGGAAUGUAGACAACUUCACACUGCUCAGCACUGUGAACGCAGGAGUACCGAUCCAUACGAUGGAAGUGACAGACGACAACGUGUUCCUGAUCACUCUGCAAGGAGAGAACGAACUUCAUGUCAGAACGUUUAUAACGGGGACUCAUUUGCAUGUAUUGAAGAGGCAUAAGGCGAAGGUAAAGUGUUUCUGCGUGGCCCACGACUCAUCCCGAGCGGCUGUCGGCUGCGCUGACCAGCGUAUCUACCUAUACAGUCUUCACACAGCAACAUUACUCCGGACCCUCGCUGUGGCACACGACCUCGCGGCGUUGGCUGUAGCUGACAAAGACCACUUCUUGUUAGCUGCAGGGGGUAACCGAGUAACAAUAUACUCCUUCCACACAGAAGAUAACUUGACGAAUUUCCGACCUACAAAACAGACUAAGAGACGUCAAACAAAAUCAAUGACUAACGUUUCAAUGUUACAGGCGGAACAAAGUGAAUUGAUCCCAAUAAGCUGCCUUGAGGUAUCCCGGGACGGGCAGCUGGGUGCCAGUGGCUGUGCCCGCGGUCUCGUCCGAGUCUGGCAGCUAUCCACCCAUCGACUUCAAACCACAUUAAAUGGACAUAUAGGGCAUGUAACCUGUGUUACAUUCUCGCCAAACAAUUUACUGGUGUUGAGCGGAUCGGAAGAUAGAACGGUGGUGGUCUGGCAACUAGCUGAUAAUUCUCCUUCUCUAACGUAUAAGGGGCACUCGGCAGCUCUCCAAACUUUGCUCAUGAUGUCUGACGGGCGACGCGCCAUGUCUGGCGACCGAGCUCGCAACGUGCACGUAUGGCUCGUCGACUCAGGAAUAGUCCUUCACUCAACUUCCGCACCAACCGCCAGUCUUGACGUCACUCUCAACAUGAAGUUCGCAGUCCUGUCAGACGGUGACAACUCAGUCCGUAUCUGGACGUUAGCGGGUGGGGAUAGUGGAGAGGAAAAGAGGAACGUGUCUCACGCAGAACGCAUCACUUGUUUUGCUCUUACGGCGGACUCGCAGCAUGUCGUCACUGGCUCCAUGGAUAUGUCCCUCAAAGUCUGGAAGCUCGAUGGAGGGAAAUUGUCACAGGUCUUGGUAGGUCAUUCGGAUAUAGUCACAUGCGUGGCCGUAUCCAUCACAAAUAAGACUCAAAUCGUAUCCGGGUCUUGGGACUGUAACCUCAUAGUGUGGGACAUCAACACCGGUUCAGAUUUACAUCUGCUGUCCGGCCAUCUUGGAAAAGUCACUUGCGUUAAAGUGACUGGAGACGGAACUAUUGCUGUUUCUAGUGCGGAAGAUAAAACACUUAUCAUCUGGGAAACUAAGAGGGGUCUGGCUUUGACAUCUUUGGCGCUGCACGUGCCCCUGCUCGGCUUUCAGAUAACCAGUGAUUGCGCACGUAUCGCUGUUCACCUGUUAGACAGAGGUUGUCUUCCAAUGAUUUGCCUCCACAAUACACCAGCCACGUAUGUUAAAAUACCUACUUAUGCCGCCCCUACUAAAGAUGUAGAUGAGCUUCGUCCGUUGGCACCAAAGAGGCCAAUGAGGAGAUUGUUGAAGAAGGAGGUUUCUUUAGACACGUACACGUGGCAAAAGAAAUAUGGACAUCUGACGUCAGCGGCCAUGAUGGCGCAAGUCGACGAACGUUUAAAGAGAAGAUUCUCGGUAUCAGCAUCAAUGGAAGAAAUCUCAAAAAUUCAAGAGGCUAAAAACAAAGACUUGGGAUCGCAGGUGAGCUUAGGUCCUGAGGAGGCGGCGAUAGCGCAGUCACAGCACUUCGAUCAACUUGAAGCUUUAUGGAACAAGAUAUCUCCGCCACGACGGCGCUCUAAUAAGUCGCUGACGAAACAAAGUUCUUUAAUCGAGAGCCGAUUCGAUUCGUCAGAUGAAGAACACACGCCGGUAGAAGAACAAGAGCACAUGGUUGAGUAAUUGGGAAACGUUUGAGAAUAAAUUAAUUGUUAAUUAAAAAUACGAUUUAUUUCUGUAACAGUAGAUCUCAGUUUUGAUUGCACUAUUGCUUAAUUUCGACGAACAAUGAUUACUUUAAAAUUACAUUAUCGUCUACACUGUUUUAAUUACAAAUUUAUCAGAAGAUGUCUUUAUUAGAAUUGUAAUAAUUUUAUCAAUUGUUAUGAUUAAAUGUAGUCUGUCAGAAUAUUGAAUCGAGGUAAAUGGUAGAACGUUUCGCAGUUGUUUUUAUUGUUAAAUAUUGAAAUUAUCUUUAAAUUAAAUCCAUUUAAUUGUAUGGUAAUAAGAUUUAAAUUUAAAUAAACGAAUUAAGUAAACACUAAAUGCCUCGUGGUAGAGCCGCGCUGAAAGUUCCAAAAGUCUUGUGCCAUAGAUGUGACGGCUUUCGUAAGAGCGAGAUAGCGAAUAUAUAAUUUGCAUAGCAGCGUCUUGCUUCCACCACAGUGAUAGUGUUUGAGUAAUAACUACACAAGCACUUAAACCUACAGAAAAAAUAUCCUAAUAUAAAUACCUAUUCUAAAAGACGCAAUAUAAAAAAUCGAAUGGUUUGUUAACAACACGUUUUCAAAAGAAACUUAAUAUGUAUAUUUCUUCUUCCAACCUUGAGUUUUUUCCCAACUACGUCAGAAAGGUUUAUAAUGUUUUCGUAAUGAAGUUAAGGCGAUAAUUCUUUAAACAUCGAUAGUCAAGAACUUUCAGUGUGGGCUUACGUAGAGAACUAUUAUAAAAAAUAAGUAACCUUUAAAAUGUACGCAAUGUGAUCUUCUAGACUUGAUUAGACUCCUUUCGGGAGUAGUUUCUUUCAAAAAAAAAAUGUCUUUCCAUUUCCAAAUUACAUUAUGUAUGCAUAUGUACUAAGAAUAUUAUUUUCAACUCUAUUCAGUAACCACAAGGCAUAUAUUGAUUUGACAAAUCAAAAACGAUUUCUGUUUUUUCAAAGUAAAAAUAGUUCACAAUUGAUAAAGUUACGAUCGCACAUUGUUAUAAGUAUUUAUGUAGGUAUAAUAUAGAUUAUAACUAGAUGUAUAAGAAUGUAGUUCUUACUCUUCAGGGGUCCUAUUCUGAAAACUUAUUGCAAUCGCUGAUCUAUCGCAUAAAAGACAUUAUGAAAUCAUUCAUCGCUUUUAAGAAAGAUUACUUCAAAUUUAAUUGCCAUGUUUAUUAAAUAAAGUGUAAACAUGAUUAAAGAAUUACGUCACUUUGGUAGUUAACAAUUAUUUGACUGUAUAAGGAAAAACACUAAUGUAAAAGCAAUUCUUUACAUCACUCAUUAAACAUAUUUCUAUUAUUAAUGUCUAUCAAAUAUCAUAUUUUAAUACAAUAUUAAGCGAAAAAAAUUCAAAUAAUAUAUCAUGCUAUAACUAUGUAUUGCAUAGUAAUCUCCAACCUCUUUAAUACGAUAGAACUGUGAUAGCAAUGAGACAUCAGAAUACACCUCCGUGUCCUUAUUUUGAGAAGCUUUUCGAUGUCUUUAUCUAUCACUGGUUUUAUGAGCUUUAAUCAAGCAACUAUUUUUAAAGUACACUUUAGGUGUUAAAACGAAUUUCGCUGUAAUUUAUGCUGUAACACACCUACAAGUAAUAUUUGUUUCAAAUCAGUAUCGUUGUACCAAAGUUAGGUUACUUUUCUUAAAAAACGUGAAAACGUAUGUUAAUUUAAUGAAUGCAAUUUA